UCGGGUCAGCGGUGCACUGUAAUACCAAACGACAUCGUCUUUUACCUGUUUUGCCGUAAUAAGCACGUUUUGCCUCAACAAACAAGAUCGCGAAGACUAUCAGUUGAUUCAAUUUGUUGACCAGUUCCCGGCGGUGAAAACUGAUAAAGUUGCAUCGACACUACGAUCUUCUCAAAUGGCGGAAAACACGACGAAGCCUUCGAAUGAAGAGAUAGUGGAAAAGCAGGAGGAAGCUCAGCAACCUCCGCCGCAAGGAGGCGGUGGAGGAUGGGGAGGCUGGGGAUUUUCUGCGUUUUCUUAUAUAUCGGACAUUCAGAAAGCUGCUACUACCGCUGCCGAAGAGAUCUCCCGCAAUGCUGUUGAAGCGGCUAAAAUAGCUGCAAAAAACCUUGCAGAUGUGCAGGAUGCUUCAGAAGACUCUGAAUCCUCAAAAGAGGAUGAGCGAGAAGUAUUGGUCGAAGAGGAAAGUGAAGACGAGAAUGACAAAAAACGCAAGGCUGCUCUGGAAAAGUUAGAGAAAGCUAGUGAAGAUUCAAUUCUUGGCCAGGGUUUGAAAGUUAUUGACCAUUCAGUCGAGAAUUUCGCUUCAGGAGCUUGGCAAGCUUUAGGAAACGCAUUCAAAGGAGGUUCCGAUUUAGUCCACAAGCUUGAGGAAUCGGCUUUAAGUAUUGCUGAAUCAGUUCAGCAUGGUGGCUUACCUGCCACAACUGGUUCUGCUGCACCAUCCAUACUAGAGACUGGAAAAGCUUUUACUGCCAAAGGGAUGCAUGCGCUUGAGCUACUUGGAAAAGAAACUAUGGAUCUUCUGAUCUCAGAAACUGGUAUUGGAGUUGACCCAAACACCAAAGAAGGGGGAGGAAAAACAGACGAGGAUCAGUUUUAUGAGGAAGUUACUUUUGAUAGAUGCUUUUAUAUUUAUGGAGGUCCGGAGCAGUUGGAGGAGCUGGAGGCAUUGUCCAACCAUUAUGCUUUGUUGUUCAACAGAAGAAAAGCGAAGCUUCCAUCUGAUCAAAGGUCUUCAUAUGAUGGAAAACUUAAAGAGGUUCAACAGAUUUUUGACUUGAGUUCUGAAGUAUAUGGAAGUAGUACAGAGUCAGGAAAAGGGAAGAAAGUUGAGACUGGCAUUGCAGAUAGCACUGAUGAGGUGAAGAAUUUGCAUGAUUCUAGUGUGAACAAGGCUGCAGAAUUGGCAGCAGGAUUUACAAAUGUUUUGGUUGGACUAGCUUCCGAUGACAUGAUUCAAAGGACUGCUCGGAGACUGGAUACACUUCAUUCAGAGGGUGUCCAUAGACUUUCAGAGUUGUGCUGUUUUGCUGCGAGUCAACUUGUAAUGCUUGGGAAAUCAAUCAUCUCAACUGCAAAUAAAGCUGUGGACCAAGAUGCCGAUGCGGAAAUUGUGAAAAUGGAUUGGCCUGAGGAUUCAACUGAAAGGGCUAAGAUAAUCCGAGCGAAGGCAUGUUCAAUGACUGGAUGUGUUGAAGCUGUUUCUUCCAGCUUUAUUACAGGAAUAUCGGAAGUUGCUGAAGCGUAUUUAGCAGCAGUCAAAGGUGUUUCUGCUGAUUCACAAGAAGUUCCGCAGAAAUCAAUCCAGGAAAAAGCUAACGCAUAUGCGGAGAAUCUUCGUGCAGAUCAUAGCACAGCCAUUGGUAAAAUUCAGGAUGGCCUUCAGUAUUUGUCUUACGUGGUCAUCUCAACCUCAAUGCCUGCUGCUUGAAGAAUGUCUUGAUGCAAUGUUUCUCACUUGAUGCUCCUUUUAGCUUCUUUCCUUUUCUAUUAUCCCCACCCCCUCUCUCCUUCGUGUAAAUAAUUGCAUUAGAUUAGUUCUCUGUAUACCCCUUUAUCCCUUCAGACUUGUGUCUUCAUAUGGUGAACGUGUAUGAGAUAUUUCCAUCAACUCUUAGCUGCAUAGGAAAUCCACUUUCCUUUCUGUUUUUAUCUGAAGGAAAGAAAUAUAUUUUCUGUUGAUUGACAAUUCAAGUCUUUGCCUUUGGCCCA